AAAACGGACUGAACCUUCUUUUUUUUUUUAAAUGUUUUAAUACGGAGUAACAAAUAAUUCAUUGAAAACGGACUGAACCUUGCGAAGUUGGCAACAAUGGCGGAUACCGAAACAAACCAAGGGAAACAAAAAGAAGCAGCGGUAGAAGAUGAAGAUUACAUGGGUGAUCUCUCGAAGUUCAUUACCACCGAACCCUCACAACCUUCCAAACCCAAAAAACUCGCCCCCCAAACCCUAACCAAUUCAUCGCAACAACCCUCAAAGAAGAAACCCAAAUUUCAGACCUGGCAACAACAGAAAGAGAGAAAACAGCAAGAGGAAGAUGCUAGAACCCUAGAAAACAUACAAUCAGCAAUCCCUCAGUCGAAUAUUGGGUUUAAAUUGCUGAAGCAAAUGGGGUACACCCCAGGAAAGGGACUGGGAAAAGAAGGCUCGAUGGGGCGGGAGGAGCCAAUUGGGUUGGAGAUUCGGAGGUCAAGGGCGGGGAUUGGGCGGGAGGAUCCCGCGAAGGAGAGGGUGAAGAGAGAGAAAUACAGGGAAGAGUGGAAGAAGAAGACGGAGGAGGUUAUGUUGGAGGAUUUUGGGGUUCGGCAGAAAUUGCAGUGGAAGAGUAAGAGGGUGGUGAUUAACUAUCAUAAGGCGAAAGCUGCCCUCGAUCAGUUGGAGAAUCGAGAGCCGGUCAUUGAGCCGGAGAAGGACGAGGAUGAUGAAGGGGGAGACGAGGAGGAGGUAGAGGAAAUCAUUACUGAGGAGUUGAAAGCCAUGUUAGGAAAACACGCAAGUCUUCCCUCCAUUUUCCCAUCAAUUUGUGGGUGCAAAAUUGUGAGAAUGACAUGAAGGAAAAGGACUCUAUAUUUCACAUAGGUCAUUUGCUCAUGUCUUCAAACAUCAUAAUGGUUACGGUAAGAUCACAAGCCUGGAUGUUUUGGUCUACAAGUGUUAGCUGGAUAAGGCCCAUUAUUCAUGAACUCAUAAGUAGCAACUUGGACAACUGUAGACCAAAACAUACAAGUGUUGGCUGGAUAUGGCUUCAAUGAUGUUGACUCCUAGAAAGUAAAGUAGCAACUUUGAUGUGGUAGUUUAAGAAAUAAUUUCUUUCGUCAAUAGUAUUUCCUCUAUAGGUUUUUUUUUUUAUACAAGGGAUGUUUUUUCCCCUUAAAAGUUACUACUACUUAAUUUCAUAAUAUUACUACUAUGAUAAUUAUUGUUAAGAAUCUAGUAUCCUUAGUUCCAUUAGACUAUAAGAUUGUAUUCCUCUUUGGCAAAAUAGCUUUUGGUUAGAAACUUACUUAUACACUCAUUUGUGCUGGUAUUAUCAGUUGCAGUUCAGAAUUUAGAAACAAAAAGAUGAAUUUUUCGAAGGUCUCGCUUUGCUUGUAAUUCUUUUAUGUUAAGAUGGAAAAUUUGUUGAUUACCGCAAUAUUUAGGCGAGUAAUAAAUUAAUACCCUCCAGUAGUGUAAGAAACCCCAUUGCCCUGAACUUUGACAGAUCCCGGGUCUUGGGAAGGUGUAAUUUUUAUACUACUUCGCUGGGCAUGGUCCUUGAUUAUCGUAAAUAAUUAAAAGUCAGCUUUAAGUUUUCUUGGAGCCUGUAGCAGUGUUUUCAAGCAGUAUAUGAAGCACUAUUACUAGACUUGCACUAGUCUUGUGGGUCUCCCUAAAUUUUUGCUGCAGGGGGCAGUCCAUGACCUAACUUAAGCAAGUGUGAACUUUUUAAAAGGCUUCUAUCUUAACAAGUUUUUGAACCUAACUUGCUUUCACCUUGCUACUGGUUGCUAAUUUUCAACAUAUUCAUUAUUUUAUAAAGAUUAAAUCCCUCGUCGUAGGUUAUUGAUCUUUUGGCAAUUGGGUGAAUUUAAGAAAAAGUUUUCCCACAUGAGUGUUGAGCGGUUUAGGUAAAAAGCCUUGAAUUGAGGGUGGAGUCGGGGUGAGGUGACAUUUAUUUGGCGACAACCUUUAAAAAGAAACAAUGACUUGUACGAGAUGGAUGGAGCUUACAUUAUUUUAAUGGGCAUGUUGGAAUAGUAGCUCGUGGUGCUAGGUAAAAUCAUAGUUAAAGAAGUUUUAAGUGAUAAAAAGAGUCAAAUCAAAAACAAAGGGGAAAAACAAUUGAAGUACUAGUUGAAAUGAAUUUUACAUACCCUUUCCUUUGUUGUAUGAUUUCAGAUGGAUCUUGUAUCUUCCCAUUUCACUUACUCUUUGUCCUUCCUCCCAUUUCUUGACAGCAAUUGACCAUGGUGUGGCUAGUCCUGAAAAUAAAAGGCACAAUAUCAUUCCUGAAAAUGGAGUUGUUGAGUAAAUAUGUAUUUUGUGAUGUGUUGAACCAAGUUUCAAUGAGUGUCUGAUCGUUUAUUGUCAUUGAUAUAGUUUAUCAUUGUUGAUGUCUGUUAUGUCUGCAAGUGAUAAAAUUUGAUUUCACGUCUGGUUGAGCCUUAGGUUGGACUGUUACAUAUCAGGGGCAAUUUGUUAAACAGCACCGAUUGAUUUGAGUGUUGUCCUUUGUUUAAUUAUUUUUUUAACUGGGCACUACAAGUUUCAAUUGAUUUUUAUUGGAUGGAGCGGUACAGUUAAUUACUUAAGUCUUGGUUUGAUUUUGACAUGACUAAAAUGACAAUGGU